AUGAGAUUAAGUGAGCUGAAAUCAUUCCCCAGAGCCCUCCCUGUGGUUUCAGAUGUGGACGAAUGUGCCGACCAGAGCCAUGGAUGCGGUCAGCUCUGCAUCAACACAGCCGGGAGCUACCGCUGCGCCUGCCAGGACGGCUUCAGCCUCGCUGCCGACGACAAGACGUGCCAGCCCCUGGUGCCAGCCCCCGAGCCAGAAACCUUCAGCCAAGCAGGUCCCCCCAGUGAAAUGAAGGAAGAAAUGAAAGACCUGAGGAGCAGAGUGGAAGCGCUGGAGCAGAAACUCCAGCUGGUGCUGGCCCCCUUCCACAACCUCAUGCCAUCCGCGCCGGAGGACGUCGGCGCAGACCCCAUCAGCCGGCUGUCCCACUCCCUCCAGCAGCUGGACAGAAUCGACUCCCUCAGCGAGCAGAUCUCCUUCCUCGAGGAGCGGCUGGAGACGUGUUCCUGCAGGAAUGAACUCUAGCCGAGUGCAUCCACAGCUCUUAUCUCACCCUCCAGCCCCAGGCUGGGGAUGAAGCUGCAGCACCGACAGGAAGGCAGAGGGUAGCAGGAGAAGGCUGGUUUCCCAUCAGCACCUCCAUCAUUUUCUCUUCCAAGUCACCUUAUCAACGGUCAUACAGUUACUUCCAAACUGGACUCUGAGCCCUCAGCAUCUCACCCCCUUCCUUGCUGGAGAGGCAGAAAAUAAAAUACCUUACCUCACGCCGUUAGUGCCUGGCUGUGCCAGGGAGACCGGCUGUACGCGAAGCCGCGUGGUGCCCAGCUUUGCCUGGUUUUUACUGAGCGUUACCCUGGGACAUCAUCCCCCCAGGACCUGGGGGCACGGGGCGGUCAUGCUGCCUGCCCAGGGGAGCACAGACCUGGCCUGGGCAGGGCAGCUGCUGCCCCCACCAAAAACCUGGGGACAAAUCCCGUAUUUUGGAGAACCGCAGCGGUAACAAGGCUUCCCCAUGGGCCUGAAGGCGCAGAGGGUCUGGUUUGACUUGAGUUAGCAAACCCUUCCCUGCGACGUGCCCACCAUCGGCACAGAACAGGCAGGGACAAACCUCUGCCCCUGGGUUGUGCCAAGGAGGGAGGGACAGUCCCCUGUGCGAGGGCGGUGCUUACGGGCAUGGCCACCAGCUGCUGCGUUAGCCGGCCCCUGCCAGACACGGCAGCCACACGCUCCUACCUCCCCCCAGCACCGUUCUGCUCAGGCCCAAGGACCAGUAGAGCUGAGCAGAGGGAGCCAACCUGGUACAACGCUUCCCUACUUGCCUCCAGCGGAGAGCUGAAGGGGUUGUACCAAAAUAAAACCUCCUGCUGCAUCAGGACUGGCCCGGAGGGUGCUUGCGGCGAGGCCCUGCUUUAACACAGGCACCACCUUCCUCCUCCCCUGCCAGAGGCCCCUGCG